CCGUAGGCUUUGUCUUAAAAAAAUAAAAUAAAGCAUGGUAAAAUUCCUCUACCUAGACGCGGAACCAUAAUAGUACUUUAGUAGAAGUGUAGAACCCGACCCGUUCUAUCAACCCACUAACGUUAUCCCGCUUCGCCGGCUUUCCUUCUGGAAAUCAAACUGCUUAUUUCCCAAGACUCCAUUUUCUCUAAAUCUCAACUGCUUCUUCCUCGACCGCCGGGCCGUGGCGGCUUCGUUCAUCGACUGAAGUUGGGCGAAAUCACUUUCCUUUUCCGGUUCGAAGAGGGAAUGGUCCUAGUUUCUUGGCUAACGAGAUUACUAAACCGGUAACGAGCUAUUCUUGGAACCCUUUGCUGCUCAGUGAGUAUCACUUCAUCUUGCUACUACGACUCUCCUUUCUUCCCAGAAUAAAGUCACCUGCUUUGAGCUAGUUUUGGAGUUCGAAUGAACAAUUUAUUUGGUUCCAAUGAUGAACACUUUCUUAGGGAUUUGAUUCGUUUGAUUUUGGUUGACGUUACUGAAAAUCUGGAGAGACUGUUGUUUCACGUUUACGGUUGUGGGUUUGAUUGUUCAUUGUUCGUUGCUGACUUGCCACUAUGUGAGUUCCAAUAUUCACCUUUUGGGAAUUGCAAGAACUUGGUUAUUGAAAAUUUUCAUUGGAUUUCUCUUGAAUUGAAUGUUAGUUAGCUCAAUGUCUCUCUUAUCUUGAAGUGUUUAAUUUAAUCUCACCUUACUGACAAACAUUUUGCUGACUGGUGAUGAUCACAUAUGCAAGUUGUUUAGUUACUGCUUGAAAGAUGAGGUUUUUGCAUAUCAGUGGAUAGCUGAGCCCCUAUCGUUUUGGUUUCCUGCAGGUUUUUGCAUAAAUAAACUUAGUGCUGCAUAAGUUGAGGGAUAAUGUCAUUCUGCAUUCAAGCAAAUCCAUGCCUACCUAAUAGUACCCAGCUUCAGUUGCCCCGGGUAAACAAAUCAUGGAGCAGUCUAUCACCACUGAAGUUUUUGAGACCUGCUGCUAAAACUUCAACAUGCUUUUCUUUUGCACUUGGCUUGAAGGUUAGACAGCUCAACCUUGCCGCGAAGUACCCUAAAAAAUCCCUUGUCUGCUUACUUGGGGGCAAGGACAAAUCUGAUGGAGAAAAUGAGGGAUCUCCUUUGAAGUCUCUUGAAAAUGCUUUCGGAAGUUUCCAGGGGAAAUCAGUAGAAGAUGUGCUGAAGGAACAGAUGCAAAAACAAGAGUUUUACGAUGGAGGAGGCAGCGGCGGCAGCAGUCCACCACGAGGUGGUGGUGGUGGUGGCGGUGGUGCUUCCGGUGGAUCCCAGGACGACGACCUUCCUGGAGUCUUGGACGAAACACUCCAAGUGGUUUUGGCCUCUGUGGGGUUCGUUCUUUUGUACAUUUAUAUCAUCAAUGGCGAGGACAUGACUCGGAUACUGAAGGACUACCUGAAGUAUGUGUUUAGCGGGAACAAGAGUGUUCGUCUGGCAAAAGUGUUGGAUCAGUGGCAAAGUUACCGCCAGAAGAUGGCGGAGAAGACGGUGGUGGACAAGUUUUGGCUAGAAAGAGAGAUCAUCAACACCACGACUUGGUACGACAACCCAGAUAAGUAUCGACGCAUCUAUCGAGCCUAUGUUCAGGCUGCAAAUGAUAAUGACGAUGAAAAUGAUGAUAAUGACGAUGAUGAUGUUAUUUACUACUAGUGCAGUUGUAAGUUUAUGGAAAUGUUUUGAGAUGUAAGCAUGUUUUUCCGUGCGACAGUCUUCAUAUAUUUUUGCCAAUGAGUUCAAAUUGGGCUCUACCUAUAUUCCAAUUAUACUUUUGGCUCGAAUGUGGACAUGCCUGGAAUUGUUUGGCUACCCGUUUAUAUGAACCAGGGACUAUUUUGUGCCUGCAACAGAACAAGAUCAAUAAUGGCAGUCUGGUACUGACUAGUGACUACUGAAGUUUCAGCUUCACAAUAAUCGUUAAGCUGGAAGCUGAAAAGUUAGCACUUUCGCUUUCUCUGCCAUUCUUUAAAAUAUAAAAGCUGGGUACCCUUUAUUGGCCCAACUUCUCUAUUACUGUUUCACUAUUUGUCGUCUAGCGAAAGGAGAAGUUAAACAGCCUCUUUAUGUUGUUCUAUUAACACCUCCAUCUCUCCACUGUCGUGCCGUCCUUUCACCCGCGAAUUGAUCCUCCUUCGACUCAGGGACUCUGUCCUCCCACCCCUUUCCCAAAUCUCGCCAUCCCCGUGUGCUUUUCAAUAGUACAACUCCUUCAACCCACUUCACAUGCGACCCAAUUCAGCACUCCAACGUCCACCUCUCCCUGUCAUUCCUCUUUCCCAACACCCAAUCUCCCAUUCGAUAGGUCUGGUCGAUUCCGACGACGAGAUUAGCUUUGUACAAAAUCUCGCCAUCACCCUUUUCCUCCGACCAAGAUAAUUUUCAUCCCUAAAAAUGACUGCUAGAAGUCAGGCAUUAGGGGUGGGCAUCGGUUCGGUUCGGUCUAAACCGAACCGAAAUUGAGCAUACCGGGUCCCCCGAUCUCUCUACAUGUGAAACCGAACUCGAACCGAAAUAUAAAUCGGUUCGGUUUGGCCGAACCGAAUUAUAUUUCGGUUCGGUUCGGGAUCCCGACAAAACCGAAGUUCCACAACCUUCCCCUGCCUUCCUCUUUUCUUCCUCUGCCUUCCACUUUUUCUGUACGCUACUUCCUCUCUCUACCCAAAAGACAUGCUUCCUCUUCCUCUUCCACCUCUCUCCAUCUCUGCAACUUCUUCCACAUUUUACCACCACCAACCCCUCCACUCUGGUCCUCUCUCUCUCCAUCUCCCUCUCUCUUUCUCUCUACCCAAUCCCUCUCUUUCUCUCUACAACGAUUGACGACAACAGUUCUACCCAAAAGCAGCAACGACUGGCGAUUGACAACGGCAGGCAGCAAGGCGGUGCACGAUGUUGGCGGCAACGACGAUGCACAACGCUGGCGGCAACGGCGAUGCACGACGCUGGAGGCAACGGCGAUGGAUGUCGGCGAUGGUGAUGACCGACGAUUAAGGUUAGAUGUGAGUAUGGGUCAGAUCUAAACAUGCAUCAACUGUUUUGGGGUUUGCUUUUCUCCGUCGAGCUUCAAUAGAUCUUCUCUGUUUUCGAUUUUAGGUGGAGAAGGGAUUUGUCGCGGCGGAGAAGAGAGUGCGGUGAGCCAUGGAAGAAGCACGGCGAGGACGGCUGUCGUGCUCUGCUCUGCUACCCCCGGCGCCGGCGGUGACUCAUGGUGCAGAGAUGGAGGGCGGCGACUCUCGACUCUCGAGACUCGAGUUGUUGUUGGGAGGCAGGCGUGGCGGCGACUGGAAAUCAGUGAUGGGAGGGCGGCGGCGACGGCGACUGAGGGUCGGGAGACGGAACGGAAUGGAGUUUUGGCAGUGGAGUGGAGUGGAGAGACGAAGACGAUCGAUUCGAAGGAGACUGGCUGUUGGAGGGCGAGAGGCAGAGAGGGUUAGGGGUUGUUAGGGUUUGUUUCUUUUGGGUUGGGAUUGGGUCCUUGGGAGGCUGGCUGCUGGGCUGGGUUUCUUCAAUUGGGUUUGGGCUUGCAGCCCAGCCCUUGCCCCUUGGCCCAUUACCAGCUUAUACAACAUUUCGGUUUACGGUUCGGAAUUCGGAAUUCGGUUUCGGGUGGUACCACCAUGUAUUCCGAAGUAGAAGGAUUUUGCAUCCGAAUUCCGAUCCGAAAUGAAGGAAAUUCGGUUUCGUUCGGUUCGGGGUCGGUUCGGUUCGGUUCGGAGAGUUAAAACCGGACCGAACGCCCACCCCUAUCAGGCAUGCUGGCCUCCCAGCUCUCCGCUUCAUCAAUCGUCGAUGGUGACUGCAUCUUUUUUUUUUAUGGGGAUUGCAUCUAAGGUGCUCCAUUUGACCAGAAAGUGACGGCGGGUAGAUCUCAAGUCGUCGUCGAUGGUAGCAUAAUGGAUCAACACUCAACAUCGUUGUGGUGUACCUCCGCCACCUGGACAAAGCCAAGAAAAUCUACUCCUCCCCUGCCUCCACUCGCUAUGCCCUGGACUUAAACGCCGCCGCGUAGCCCUACCUCAAAGCAGCAGUGAAGCCAAAGGAGCAAACUGUCCAUGGAAUGCUUAUGAUGGCAGUCAUGAAGGAGGUUGUGCGCCCAGCAGAUGAAGAAGAAGCAUAGAGCAGAACUCUCUGACGUGGAGCCCUCCAUCUACCCACAAAACCACCAACCGACCGAGAGAGGGAGGAAGCGAGGGAGAGCAGCAGGCACCCAUCUCUGCAUAAAUUUAUGUUCUUUUCUUGGUUUAAUCUUCGUUUUUCGGAAUUUGCUGGUUAUAGUUCAGGGUUCGAAAUUUCAUUUGGGUGAUUGGAUUUCCAAGUAAAGAAAGGUGAUUAAAUUUAUUUGACCAGAACAAUCUGCAUCUGUGAGAUGGCAGGGAAGGGUACCUAGCAGCCGAGAAGACAAACUGGAGAGAUAGGACGGGAUGCUUCUAUUCUAGCGUGCUGGGAUGGAGAGAAAGAGGAAGGCGACUAAGUAUAUGGAUGAGGUGUGAGCCUAUUAAUGGCUUUGAUUUUGUAGGGUGGGAGUAUUAGUUGCAUUGACCAAAACAACCUGCAUUUUAUAGAAUGGCAGCUACAUUUGGAGCUAAAGUAGUUUCCUUUGGUGUUCUUGGAGAAGAUGACUACGGUAAAAUAUCUCAUGCACCCCACAACUUUUGUUGGCCAUUCAAUUUGUGCUACGCUAUUUACAGAGCAAUGUGGUGAUAGGAGGCUCAAGUUUCAUAUUAUGGCAUUUACAGGUAUGAUUGGGACUGGAUUUGGCCAUUUUGGUUUUGCAGUCGAGGAUGUAAGCUUCGAUUAUGGUAUAUAAUGCUUUAAUUCAGCCUCAUUACUGCAAUUUCCUACGGCCUAAGACUAUGAUUUCUCAUCUCUUUGAUCGAUUCUGCAUAACAGAUUGACUAGAUGCUGAACAUUGUAUUGGAUCAUCAAAACAACAAUAUUUGUCAAAGUAGAGUAUGUGGGAUGUUGUUGCUCAGUUUGGUAGUUUGAAAAGGUAAGUUUAUUUUCUUUUAUGCUUUUUUGCUCAGCUUCAUAGUUAGUUGUUUCAUUAUCAAGACGGUUUUUGUAUAACUUGUGGCUGUAGCAUGAGAAAGAGAAAGGUGGGAGGGAGUUGAAGCAACAACAAGGACCUAACGAGACUAGGCAAGCGACGAAAGUGAGAAAGGUGAACAUUUCAAUUUGGUGACUCAUUCUCUUGCUUUAUUAUGUUCUUUUUUAUACUGUUGGUUUAUAAAUGACAUUUUUUUCUCGCUUUUUCCAGUUGUAGGAAGAUAGAUGAACCCUUCAAUCGAGAAAAGUGUCUACUCAUCACCUGAGGCAACAGUAGAAGCCGAGGGAGGAGGUUGGAUAUGAGGUGUUUUUGCAGCAAGAUAGGAAGCAGGGUUGAUUGCACAGAUGUUGCCCGUCGAACUGUGAAUCCUCCUGCUGCAUGACCUGUAUUCUUUUAUUCGUUAGCUUCUUUGUGGUAUCUCUACUCUAGGGGAUAGUUUAUGGUAUACUCGAAAUUUGUUUGCAGGUUUCGAAGGAAAAAAAUUGAGGAUAUUAGAGCACAAGUCGUUGGGCACACAUGCACAUCGUAUGUGGAUUUUGGUGGAAAAGAACACCUGAAUCCUGGCAGCCCUUGACGACCAUGAGAUUUACAAGCUACCAAGGCGAGUCUCGGCUGACAUAGUUUGGAUUUUGUGAGGGUGUUUGUUGUUGCCUCUGAAGUUUCAUUACCACGGUAUGUUCAACCUGAAGUGUUCAUUUUUACAGUUCAAGGAUAAAUUUGUGUGAGGGUGUUUGAUCCUUGCUUCUUAACUUUUCUUCACUUAAUUGAAAGGUGAGUUUCUGUGCAGUUAAGGUUUCUCAUAUUUAAACGUUCUGUUUUUCUCUUCACUAAUCUGCAAGGCUUGAGCAGGAAGCAUUCUAGGUUACAGUGUACGCUUUGCUAUUUUCAGUUGUAUCCACGUCUCGGCUCUUCAAAUUCACUGGAAGCCCUCAAUUUCAUUUCCUUUUAAUCGCUUCUAUGCUUCUAGGUUUUGUAGGUCGCUAGUGGAUGGAUGUGAGUCAAAGAAGCAGACUAGGAGCUGCAAUAGGGAACGGUGUGUAGUAAUUAGAGCACAAGUCGUUGGGCACACAUGCACAUCAUAUGUGGAUUUUGGUGGAAAAGAACACCUGAAUCCUGGCAGCCCUUGACGACCAUGAGAUUUACAAGCUACUAAGGCGAGUCUCGGCUGACAUAGUUUGGAUUUUGUGAGGGUGUUUGUUGUUGCCUCUGAAGUUUCAUUACCACGGUAUGUUCAACCUGAAGUGUUCAUUUUUACAGUUCAAGGAUAAAUUUGUGUGAGGGUG